AUGGAUUCUUUACACCAGCCAGAUUCCAUGUACAAGUGCAUGUCUUGUCCCAAGUCACAGGCAGUUGGUGAUGAAAACAAUGAGAACUCUUUCAGCAAGUCCAACUCUGGGUCCUCCAAGUCUGUUUCUUGGCCAGCCAUUAACUCUGGUCUAGUUGGUGACGAAAACAACAUGGAUCCCUUCUUUCAGACAGGCCCCCUUUAUGUAAAGGUGAAUACCUUACAAGGGAAAAAAAUGGUUGAGAGCGGUCUGCAGUCAGGAGACUUUUCCCUGCCAGACGCAAUGUCCCUGUGUGCCCCCCAGCAAUCCGAUCUGGAAAGCCUGCUGCAAAAAGUGACAGGGGUUCAGAGGGACCUAGAGGACUUCAAACAGGAGACCCUGCAGGCCAUUCGCCGACUCGAGGAUGCCUACUGUGAGAUGAGCAGAGCUCUGGCCCAGCAGGAAGAACAGACUGGCAGGGUCAAACAGCGGCUGCGGGAGGAGGAGGACAGGGGCAUCGUACGGAAUAAGGUCCUCACCUUCCUGCUCCCCAGGGAGAAGCAGCUGCGGGAGCACUGCAGAUGGCUAGAGCAUAUGUUGACCAAGUCUGGGGGCCAUGAGGGACACAGAUCCGCCAAGAAGAUUCCAGGGAAUUGA